AUGGAAGACAGCAACGCCCUGAUUUUGCCCUGCAAAAGGAAGAACAAGGCGCAAGGGAAAGCCAAGGAUGGUAAGAAAGCCAAGAAGGAAGACCCAAAGAUGAGCAAGACGAAGCUGAAAAAGCUGCAAAAAUUGGAGGAGGAAAAGAAAAAGAAGCUGCUACAAGCUAAAAGCAUCGAGGUUUUGCAGAAGCACAAGAUCUCAGAGGAUGUAUAUUCACUGCUUCAUUCUUCAGGGACUAUUGGUCAAGCUGAGACUUUGAAAGAAAAACGGAGGCGUGCUGUGCAGUUCUCAAAGGCUGGUCUGGAUGUUCCUGAAGAACUCUCACUAUUCAAGAAAAAUGGCGAUACGAAAGUUCCUGCAAACAGUGAUGUUGUGGAGCAAGUUUCCCCAUCAAAGUUUGUUGAGCCAGCACCAGUUGUGGAUUCUGGUAGAGAAUGUAAUAAUGAAAUGAAGAAGGAUCCAGUGAAAGCUAUUGAAUGCCAACUGGUUAUGAAUUUUGGAGCUGGUAUUCCAGAGCCAAAAACUGAAGAACCUAGUGAUGAUGCUCAUAUGUUGACAAAUCAGAAAAUUCAGUUGUCAACUCCAAGUUGUUCUGGAGCAGAAUUAGAUUUGCAGGGUAAAGAACUAGAACAUGGGGAACAUGCUGUACAAGAGUGCAUAAAUCCUCCAAUUGUUGUACCUGUGUCAAGACCACAUGAGGUUGAGAAGGCAAGGAGGGAUCUCCCAAUAAUAAUGAUGGAGCAGGAAAUAAUGGAAGCUAUCUAUGAAAAUUCUGUAGUAAUUCUGUGCGGAGAGACUGGCUGCGGUAAAACUACUCAGGUUCCCCAGUUCCUAUAUGAAGCUGGCUUUGGCACUAGUGAUCGAGCUGAUAGAAAAGGGAUGAUUGGUAUCACCCAACCACGACGUGUAGCUGUUCUUGCCACAGCUAGGAGGGUUUCCUAUGAGUUAGGACUUAAGCUGGGAAGAGAAGUUGGUUUUCAAGUUAGGCAUGAUAGAAAGGUAGGAAGUGAAUGCUCCAUCAAGUUCAUGACAGAUGGUAUUUUGCUGCGAGAAAUCCAGGGUGAUUUUCUGUUGAAGCGCUAUUCGGUGAUCAUAUUGGAUGAGGCACAUGAAAGGAGCUUGAACACAGAUAUACUUAUUGGGAUGCUUUCUAGAAUUAUAAAGAUUCGCAAGGAUUUGUAUGCAAAGCAGCAGGAAAAAAUACGAUCUGGAUUUAAGAUCAAACCAGAGGAUAAGAUCUGUCAGUUAAAGGUGGUGCUCAUGAGUGCUACUCUGCAGUUGAAGGACUUUAUUUCAAAUAGAAGGUUGUUUGAUGUGAUCCCACCAGCUGUUAAGGUACCUGUGCGGCAGUUUCCAGUAACAGUUCACUUCUCAAAGAGGACACAUGAUGAUUAUUUAGGGCUAGCUUAUAAAAAGGUUAUGUCAAUCCACAAGAGGCUUCCACCAGGUGGAAUCCUCGUAUUUGUCACUGGACAACGAGAAGUGGAUUACUUGUGUAAGAAAUUGCAAAGAGCAUCCAAGGUGCAAAGUGCUAAGAAUCCUGAGAAAACUGAUGGCGAAGAUAAUGGUCCAUGCCCAGAAGUAGAUGAAAAGGAAAUUUUUGAAGCAUAUGAUAUUGAUAGAAAUAAAUCUGAGCACCGAUAUGACAUGUUUUCCUCGUAUGAUGACGAUGGUAUGAAUGCUGAGCCAAAUAUUGAUUCUUCUGACAAUGAAACGGAGAGUGAAAUGGAUACUGAAACUGAUGACGAAGAGUCUGUUACUAUUGAAACUACAGAAGAGGAUGUUCCAGUAUUAGCAUUUUUGAAAGAUGCUGAGAGCUCAUCUGCGUUGAAGGCGUCAUUUGGAGCUCUGUCGGGAAUACCAAGUGUGCUGGAAAGUGUUGAGGAAUCAAGUGAUGCUAAAGCUGAAGAAAAGACCAGUCCUUCAGUUAGUUGUUUUAGUAAAUGCACAGAACAUAAGCCUAUUCCGCAUGGCCGACUUCGUGUCUUGCCACUUUAUGCAAUGUUACCAGCUUCACAACAGCUUCAAGUGUUUCAAGAUAUCCCAGAGGGGGAAAGAUUAGUUGUGGUGGCAACUAAUGUUGCAGAAACCUCUCUAACAAUUCCGGGCAUAAAAUAUGUAGUUGAUACUGGAAAAGAAAAGGUUAAGAAUUAUGACCAUGCUACUGGGAUGUCAAGUUAUGAAGUCCAAUGGAUAAGCAAGGCAUCAGCAUCCCAGCGUGCUGGAAGAGCAGGAAGAACAGGGCCUGGGCACUGUUACCGUCUCUACUCAGCUGCAGCAUAUGGUAAAGACGAUUUAUUCCCUGAAUUCGCUGAACCUGAAAUUAAGAAAAUUCCAGUUGAAGGUGUUGUCCUGAUGCUCAAGUUCAUGUCUAUUGAUAAGGUUGAGAACUUUCCUUUCCCUACACCUCCAAACAAGGAAAGUUUGGUUGAAGCCGUGCGUUGCUUAAAGACAUUGGAAGCACUUUAUAGUGAUGGAAAACUUACACCUAUGGGGAAGGCUAUGGCGCAAUACCCCUUGAGCCCAAGACAUUCUCGUCUUCUUCUGACAGUGAUUAAGAAUUUGAAGAGCCAGCAGAAAGGCUUUGCUAGAUCUAACUUCAUAUUGGCAUAUGCUGCUGCUGCUGCAUCAGCUUUGAGUUUUACUAAUCCUUUUCUCAAGCAAUUGGAUGAAUGUGAUACUAAUGGUGAAUCAGAAGAAACCAUUAAUCCGGAAGCUAAUGGUCCAUGGGAAAGGAAGAGACAGAAGAAGCUCAAGGCUGUGGUUAGAGAGGCACAGGAAAAAUUUUCUAACCCUAGCAGUGAUGCUUUAACCAUUGCCCGUGCCCUACAGUUCUUUGAGUUGUCAGAAGACCCAAUGGAAUUCUGUAGAGCUAAUUCGCUUCAUCUUAAAACCAUGGAAGAGAUGUCAAAAUUGAGAAAGCAGCUUCUGCGGUUAAUAUUUCACCAUAGCAAGUUUUGCGAGGAAUUUGCUUGGAAUUCGGGUGAUUCUGAUGAUGUUGAACAGGCAUGGAGGAAUGAGCCCAGUAAAAAAGUAUUGCAAUUGAAUGAAGAGGAACUUCUUGGGCAAGGAAUUUGUGCUGGAUGGGCUGAUAGAGUUGCAAGGAGGAUUCACACCUAUUCCAAAUCAUCAGAAGAUCGAAAGGUUCGAGCUGUUCGUUAUCAGUCUUGUGCACUUGAUGAUACAAUAUAUCUGCACCGAUCAUCGCCUGUUGCCCAAGUUGCCCCAGAGCUUGUAGUUUACUCGGAGCUACUUAAUACAAAGAGGUUAUACUUGCAUGGUGUAACAACGGUAAAGCCAGGGUGGCUUUUAAAGUAUGCUAGUUCUCUCUGUACCUUCUCUGCGCCAUUGGAAGAUCCGAAACCGUAUUAUGACCCACUGAAUGACCAAGUCUACUGUUAUGUUAGUCCGAUCUUUUCUCGACAUAAUUGGCAGCUUCCAUUGCAUAGUUUACCUAUCAAAGAUGAAACAAGCCGGCUGCAAGUAUUUGCAUGUGCGUUGCUUAAAGGGGAUGUUCUGCCAUGUUUACGGGAUGUUAAGGAUUUCCUCGCACUGUCACCAUCUGUUGUGUUGGGGCCUGCCAGGCAACGAAGAGUAGGAGAUCUUCUUAACAGGAUGAAGAUCGGUCCAAAAUUAGUUGACAGCCGGGCAGCACUGAGGGAUGUAUGGAAUGUUGAUGCAGAUUUUCUCUAUGCUGAGGUCAAGGUGUGGUACCAGGAUAAAUUCCAUAGCCAGUUUGACUUGAUAUGGGAGCAGAUGCACCAACAGGUUCACCUUGAGGGGCACAAGCUUUUCCCAAAGAGAUCCAAGAAAGUUAAAGGUUAG